UCCACAUGCUUCUACCAAUAAAAUUUGUCUGUUGUUUUUUUUGCGUGCUAAAAAUAAUAAUCUCGUGGAUCUAAACUUGAAGCCAGUUUAAAAUCAAGGUCGUUGCUAACUAUAAAUCUUUAUCGGAUUGAAUCAUAUCUUGGUUAAAAAUAUCACUCAAAAUUUAUUAAUUCUUAUUUAAUGACGCGCAUAUCAAAAGUUUGAUAAAUGUGAUGCAACCAGUAAUACAAGUACAGUUUAAUCAUUUUGAAAACCAGUGGCGUAGGGUAAAUUUAGUGGUGGAAGUUUCAGCAACGCGUAGCGAAAUUUCGCAAAUUCACUGUGGCAACACUGGUUGAUUGCAAAGACUACAAGACCAAAGAUCACGAAUUGCGUAAUGUGUGUUUGUUACUUAAGAAACGUCGACAAAUAUACAAAAUCAAAGAUAUUAAAAAUAUCAUAUUAAUAUUUUUCCGAUGUUCUUGUUCUUGUUCAAGUCGAAAUAUCGGCGACAAUGCUAUCUUUGGCAAGCUGUGUCUUACGCACUUUUGGUAUUGAGUUUGUGCUCGAUGGCAAGGGCCAAAUGCGUCGACCCAAGUUGUAGUGGUAAUGGGGUGUGCAAAAAUGAUACUUGCGUGUGUUACGAUGGAUGGCAGGGGCCCCAAUGUCAGUUCUGCGGCGGGAAAGUGCGUCUGGGCACCUCAACCGGCACCAUCCACGACGGCUCGGGCAACUACUCCCUCGGCGCCAAAUGCAGCUGGUUGAUCGACGCCCCCAACACUCACAUCACCCUCCAUCUAGAGGACUUCGCGACGGAAUGCGGCUGGGACUACCUUUACAUCUUCGACGGUGACAAUGUGGACUCGCCCCUGCUGGCCGGCUUCAGCGGCCUCAUGUACAAGAACAACUACAGCAUGCGGCACAUCCCCGAAAUUGUGGCGUACUCUGGCUCCGCCUUGGUGCACUUCUCCAGCGACGACGCCUUCACCAUGUCGGGUUUCAACUUGACCUAUCGCCUGAACGCCUGCCCGUCGAAGGUGUCGGGGGUGGACUGCAGCGGCAACGGCAGGUGCAACGAGGAAGUGUGCACUUGCUACGACGGCUGGACGGGGGCGGCGUGCCACCUGCAGGAGUGUCCCGACAACUGCGGCCACCACGAGGGAAGAGGGCACUGCGUGCCGGGGUUCGGGUGCGGGUGCAAGAGCGACUAUAAGGGGGACGAUUGCGGUCAGUACGCCCCCAAUGGGUACUGGGAGACGGUGAAGGUGAAGAGCUCCGUGCCACCGGGGUCGGCGUCGCACGGGGCGGCGGUCUGGAAGGACUCGAUGUAUUUGAUCGCCGGGGAGAGCUACAUUAAGAGGUCCAUGGUUUAUGUAUACGAUUUUAAAGGGAACGUGUGGGAGACGCCCCACAUCUCGGAGGGUCCAUCUCACCGCUACGGCCACUCCACAGUCAUCCACGGUAAUAAAAUUUUCCUCUAUGGAGGUGUGUUGGGUAACCGCGGUUACACUUCUGAAGUUUGGGCCUUCAAUUUCAAAGCCAAAACGUGGAAAAACAUAACAGUAAAAGCAGUGGCGUGUAAUUCGAGCGUCCUGAUGUGCGGUCCGUUAAAAUCGGCCGGUCAUACGGCUACGGUCAUCGAAAAUCCCACUAACCGGAAAGCCGACAGGAUGAUCGUCCUGUUCGGUCACUCUCCUCACUUGGGGUACUUGAAUACGGUGCAGGAGUACUAUUUCCGUACUCGCAAAUGGCAUAGAGUCACCACUAGAGGGUAUCCGGUUAAGGGGGGGUAUGGUCACACGGCCUCGUACGACUCCCUCACCGGGAAGAUAUACGUGUAUGGAGGAGUGGUGUCGAAUAACGAAUACCCUCAAGUUUUAAGCAAAAGUCUGUAUUCUUAUGAUCCUAAUAGCAGGGUAUGGGUUUUGUUGAAGGACGCCCCCUCGGCGCGUUUCUUGCAUACGGCGACCUUCAUCUCGGGGGGGUUGAUGCUGGUCUUCGGCGGUAACACCUUCAGUAACACUUUGCAUAGUUCCGGAGCCAAGUGCUACAGUUCGGAGUUCCUGACGUACGACGUGACGUGCGACACUUGGCAGGUGCUCCAGGUACCAAAGGACAUUCACGCGGAUUUGGCGAGGUUCGGCCACUCGGCGGUCACUUUCGAGGGGUCCUUGUACAUUUACGGCGGUUUCGACGGCCAGAUGCUGUCCGACAUGCUGAAAUACACCCCCGGGAGUUGCACCUCGUACAUCACCUCCAACGAUUGCUUGAGCAAAAAACCGGGGGUGAAGUGCGUCUGGGAUAUGAGAAACAACUUCUGCACCGCGAUCCAAAACAUUCCACUCAAGAAUCUGACGUCGCAGGCUGAUGGUCCCAUCAUCCGCUGCCCCGAACUCGACCGCACGAUGAUCACCCAAAGCGUGAUCCAGAACGAAGGCAGAUGCGAGAAGUUAGAGGAUUGUUUGAGUUGCGUUCAAACCACUAGUGAGUGUGUUUGGUGCGGCAGCGCGUGCCUGCAUCACAAGAAGUGCACGAACAGUUCGGGGAGCAACAUCUCGAAGUUGGAACACUGCCCCAUGGAUCCAACCCCGAUAUGCAAACAGCUCCACACUUGUUCCGCUUGCAGUUCACAACCCAUUUGCAGGUGGCGCUUCCUGCGGGCCAAGUGCCUGCCCAAUCCCCUGCCUUCCGACACUACGUGGCCAAACCUGUGUCAAAAAGCCUGUUCCCAACAUUCGUCCUGUCUCGACUGUACCCAGGAGGAGUGCAUUUGGUGCCAGACCGAGGGCCGCUGCGUCGACAAGAACGCGUACACGGCGAGCUUCCCCUACGGUCAAUGCCGCGAUUGGACGACGGUCGGCAGCAAGUGCCGGAGUCGCGACAGCGGCGAGAACUCCCAGUGCAGCUUCUACUCGACGUGCACCAAAUGCCGCGACGACCCGGCUUGCGGCUGGUGCGACGAUGGCUCCAAGACGGGCCUCGGCGAGUGCAUGCCCGGAGGGUACACGGGUGCCACCCUCCACACGCACUCGCUGCCGUCGAGGACGUGUCCAUCGGAUAGGUGGCACUUCACCACGUGCCCCUUGUGCCAGUGCAACGGGCACGCGAGCUGCGUCGCCAACACGAGCACGUGCCUGCCGUGCAGGAACCUGACGACGGGCAACCAGUGUGAGCACUGCGUCAAGGGGUACUGGGGCAACCCGGUCAACGGGGGCAAGUGCCAGCCGUGCGAGUGCAACGGGCAAGCGACGCACUGCCACCCGGAGACGGGCGAGUGCUACUGCACGACGAAGGGGCUGAUCGGGGACCACUGCGAGAAGUGCGACGGGACGAACCACUACGUCUCGGAUCCAAUCAACAAGGAGUCGUGCGUUUACGACCUCACCAUCGACUACCAAUUCACUUUCAACUUGUCAAAGAAGGAAGACCGUCAUUUCACUCAAAUAAAUUUCCGAAACAGUCCCAUAAAAGCCGACAUCGACACGGAUUUUUUCAUCAAGUGCUCCGUUCUUGCCAAGAUGAACAUAACGGUACGGAGUCGAAAUAACAAUGAGGAGAAACUCAUCUACGAAGACGUCAAUUGUACAACCUUCAAGACCAGAUUUCUAAAGUCUGAAUAUAACUUCGGCGUCGAAGACAACGUGAUUCUAACGACUUUCUACGUGUACGUUUACGACCUCCAGCCGCCGCUAUGGAUACAGAUUUCCUUCGCGCAGCCUCCAAAACUGAAUCUCCAGAAGCUUUUCAUACUAGGGUUGAUUCCGCAUUAAAAGAAUUUUGAAAUUUUAAACCAAAGGAUCAAUGCAAUUUUGUUUUGUGAAGAUGUCUAAUCAAAUACUCACUAUGUGCCAUAAAAUUAUACAAUAUCUUUAUA